CCGCUUCGUCGCUGCAAGAAAAUAAACAUUAGAUAGGCCUUAAAUUAACAAAAUUACAGAUAUUGCCUUAACAAAAUCACAGAUAUUGCCAUGGAGUUUCCACUGAUUUCUUCCAUUCAAAGAGUAAAUAUUUAUGAAACAAAAGCGAGGUUCUAUAUUGUGGGUUCCAACAAUACCGGGACUACAUAUCGAGUCCUUAAAGUUGAUAGAACAGAGCCAAAGGAACUCCAUAUUCAUGAUGACAAGCAUAUUUACAGCCAUCUGGAAAUAAUGAACUUAUUGACAACAAUAGAAUCAGGUAACAGAACAACAACCAAGCAAAAACAACAAUCAACUGGACUUACAAAGAGCGUCUCUGCAUAUGGUAUAGUAGGUUUUGUGAAGUUCCUAGAAGGUUACUACAUGGUGCUAAUCACAAAGAGGAGUAAGGUGGCCCUCAUUGGCGGGCAUACUAUUUACAAGAUAGAGGACACAGUGAUGCAAUAUAUACCUAACGAUGGAGUCCGAUACACGCAUCCUGAUGAACCUAGGUAUGUGAAGAUGUUUCAAAGCGUGGACCUGUCCAGCAACUUUUAUUUCAGUUAUAGCUAUGAUCUGACUCAUACGCUGCAGUAUAACAUGGAACCUGUUAUAAAACCUGGAGACAUGAGAAGUACACAUGAUAAAACUGACAAUACUACAGGCAUACCUGAUGAAAGAAGCGAUACUGGACCUCUAAAAGAUGAUGAGGAAGUUGUUUAUGGAGUGAAAUCCAAGCCAGAGACAAAAUACAUCUGGAAUAAACACUUAACUGAUAUAUUCAAGGAAGAAGUUCACCCAGAUUGGGUGUUACAUCUUGUUUAUGGUUUUAUAGCGCAAUGCAAUCUCUACAUCUAUGGCAAGUCUGUCUAUGUAGCUCUGAUAGCAAGGAGAUCUAACGAGUAUGCUGGUACAAGAUUUCUUAAAAGAGGGGCAAAUAGUCAGGGCUCUGUAGCAAAUAAAGUUGAAACAGAGCAAAUUGUUUAUGACACAUCAGUAACAGACCUUCACAAGAGUAAGAUAGCUUCAUUUGUCCAAAUGAGAGGCUCGAUACCCGUGUACUGGUCACAGGAUAUCUCUAAAAUGGUGCCGAAACCUGUUAUACAAUUGGAUCAGAGGGACCCGUACUUUCAAACUGCUGGAAUUCAUUUUAACAAAUGUUUAUACAGAUAUGGUUCACCUGUUUUGCUCCUGAAUCUUGUAAAGAGGAGAGAGAAAAGACGGCACGAGAGUCAACUGUGUGAUGAGUACAAAGAAUGUAGAGCUUAUCUGAACCAGUUUUUACCACCUGAUAAACAAAUGGUCUAUAUAGGCUUCGAUAUGGCACACUAUACUAAAAAAAAGACUAAUAAUGUACUUGACAGACUAGCUGGUAUCUCUAAAAAAUGUGUGAAGCAGACGGGCUUCUACUUCCAUUCGCCAAAUCUGAAGGAGGAAUUCUGGGAAAGAGAGGAAUUUGAGGGAGUCCUUGGAUACAAAACAAGUACGGGAAGUAAACAAACUGGAGUUGUGAGGACUAAUUGUGUUGACUGUUUAGAUCGAACCAAUACAGCGCAGUUUGCUGUGGGCAAAUGUGCUCUUGCAUAUCAGCUGUGUGCAUUAGGUGUUUUAUCAUCUCCAGAUUUAGAUUUUGAUACAGAUUGUCUCAGGAUGCUUGAAGAGUUAUAUGAAGAUCAGGGUGAUACAGUUGCUUUACAAUAUGGUGGAUCGCACCUGGUGCAUAGGAUAGAAGGGUACAGGAAAAUAGCGCCAUGGAAAGCUCAUUCUUUAGAUAUACUUCAAACAUUGUCAAGAUAUUACAGUAAUGCAUUCUCUGACUUGGAGAAACAGCAGGCAACCAAUGUAUUCCUUGGCUUGUUUUCACCUAAAGAGAAUGCACCAAACAUAUGGGAUCUACCAACAGAUUUUUACCUCCACAAUAAAGAUGCUAUGGGCAAAAAAUACAAGACGAGAAGUUACACAAUGUGGUGUGAUCCAAAUGUAUUUGAUCACCUUCCAUUACCAUAUGCCGAAGCCUGUAAAGCAGUCAACAGCGUGAUGAAAAAGUUUAGGAAAGGGGAUGAGCGUAUAGAUUUAUUCCUGGAGCAUUAUAAACCUUAUGAGAGGACGGAGUUUCAGAAAGUUUUUGAAUCAAUGUGUAAAGCUAUAAGCAAUUUUAGACCUAAGAUUGGAAGAAAUUUAACCCCUGGUAGUCCAUUUGAGAGAAAAGUCACCCCAGAGGCAAAGGAAAGCAGGCUCGUGGCUUUUUCAAGAAGAGGCAGUGGAUUUUUACUAAGCUACUCUGGAAGAUAUGAGGCAAAUCCGAACAUCAGUGGGAAAGAUUCAACAUCGUCAGUGACGUCUAACAUGUCGGAAGAGGGUAGUUCAAGCAGCGCGAGCAGCGUGGAGGGAGAUAUUAUAACUACGUCCUCAGAGGACGAGACCAGCUACAAUCAUAUCAGUAUGUCGGACUCAACAUGCUCAGAUGAGAAGAAUAUAUAUGGGUUCGAUCCUGCAAGAUUUGAGGAGGAUGUGGGUACACAAGAUAUGUAUCAAAGGUAUGUUGAAGUAGGAAAGAUGGAAAACCCACCAGAAAAACUUUUGCCCUCACAAUUCGUGCUACCUCAAGGUAUUGAAAUAAAGCCAUUGGGAGAAUACAGGAGUGAUAUAUACUGUGUGGAAGAGCCGUCAGUGUGUAAGAGAUCAUCAGCACUGUAUGUACAGUAUGUUAACUGCGGCAUGCACGGGGCAUCGGAACCUUCAGCUCAAAAUAAAGAAAUCUACAGAAACUAUAUAAGGAAACUGUAUCAGUAAUUUACAUGUA